UUUGCUUUCGUAGAAUCUGUCUGGUAAGGGAUGGAUAGGUUGAAACUAGCGGCGUUGGGUGAGAGAUUAAAGACUGGAGGUGCUCAAAUGAGUAGAAUGGUUAGUGGGAAAAUGAAGGAAAUUUUACAAGCUCCGACACCUGAAUCGAAGAUGGUUGAUGAAGCAACAUCAGAUAGUUUGGAAGGACCGAAUUGGGGUUUGAAUUUACGGAUAUGUGCUUUGAUCAACAGUGAAGAGUUUAGCGGUCAGGAAGUUGUGAGAGCCAUAAAGAAGAAGUUUGCUAGCAAGAACAUGGUGAAUCAAAGGUUGAGUCUUGAUCUGUUAGAGGCUUGUGCCAUGAAUUGUGAUAAAGUUUUCUCAGAGGUGGCUUCUGAGAAGGUCUUGGAUGAGAUGGUUAAGAUGAUUAAUAAUCCUCAGACCUAUUACAGUAAUACACAAAGAGCUUUGGAUUUGAUCCACGCUUGGGGCGGAUCUGAAGAUCUUGCGUAUCUGCCUGUGUUUCGCCAGACUUCCAUGAACUUGAAGAGCAAAAACAUCCCACGAUCAAAGCAGAGUUAUAGGAAUUCGAUUCCCCUUUAUGAUCCUUUGGCUCCAGAUGUUCAUCAACAACCAUUUUCUCCUCCUGAAAUAUAUCCCAUGGCUCCUCACUUUGAUCCACAUGGUAUAGAUCAUACUGAUAUUGCAUAUCAUGGUGGUGGUUUUCCGGUGGAAGAAAAGAAAGAAUUUCUUGUUGUAACUCGAAAUAGCAUUGAUAUUCUGUCUAGCAUUUUGAACUCUCAAGCAGAACCGAAAUCCCUCAAGGAUGAUCUGACGUUGAGCAUGGUGGAAAAGUGCAAGGAGUCACAGCCUGUUUUACAGAGGAUCAUAGAAAGCACUAGUGAUGAUGAUGGAAUGCUCUUUGAGGCUCUAAAUCUUCAUGAGGAGCUCCAACAAGUCAUUUCCAAGUAUGAGGAGAUGACAGCAAUACCAGUUGUGACAUGGGCACAACCCAAAAGUCCUGGCACAAAAGGCAGUGGUUCAGCCACUCUGGAUGAAAUCCCAAACAGGGCAGAAAAGCCACAUCCCCUGAAAGAUGGAGAGAGCAGUGAAACCGACCAUGAGAGGAAAUUUUUACUGGAGUGAAGAGUUGAGGGGGGAGCCAACAUUUGUUGUUUCUAUUUAUGGAGUAUAGGAGGAAUGGUAGGUGAUAGUUUAUGAUGAAGGGUGUGGUUGUAAUGUAGGAUCAGCCAUUGAACUC